AUGGUUCAUAUUGAAGCACAAGAACAUCAAGUUGAGCGAGCUUAUCAAAAGCAAAAAGGCGUUACCACUCUUUCUAGAAAGGCUCUGAUAAAUUCUAAAAACAUCCAUGGAAAAGUAAGAUGGGUAAAACAAGUCGGUUUUGGUUUCAAAACUCCAUUCGCCGCCAUCGAAGGACGCUACAUCGACAAUAAAUGUCCAUUCACCGGUGACGUAAGCAUUCGUGGCCGAAUUCUCAAGGGUAUGGUAGUAAGCAUGAAAAUGAAGAAGACCAUUAUCAUUCGUCGACACUACCUCCACUACAUUCCUAAAUAUAAGAGAUUCGAAAAGAGACACAAGAACCUCGCCGUACACUGUUCACCAGCUUUCGAGCUUAAGGUUGGAGACAUCGUAACUGUCGGUGAGUGCCGACCUCUCGCUAAAACUGUUUGUUUUAACGUCUUGCACGUAGAACCCAAACAAAUUUUCGGUAACCCAAAAAAGCAGUUCUGUUUAUUCUGA